AUGGAGUCUCCAGAGUUUUCGCUGCUGUCCUCCCUGAGGGGAGAAUUGAAAUCAGAGAUCCAUCCGGAUUACAUCCAACCCCACUAUAGGGAAUCAUAUCGCCUGGCGAUUGAUCGCCUGGCGAGCGGCGGCAGAGACAGUUACCAGGAGUUCCUCAAAGAAGAACGUAUGGGAAGCUUCCUCUCAGAGAAAGAGAUCCUCUUCAUCACUGAAAAUGUAGAACAGCUCCCACUUCAAAACCAUGCAGAGGAAAUCAAUGGUCCACCGGACAACCAAUCAUCCUCAGGGACGUACUGGCCCAUGCACUCGGAUGUGGACACGCCAAAUUUGGAGUUGGGGUGGCCGGAGGUCAUGCAUGAAAUACUGCAGACAAAUAUAGAUCUGCUUUUUCAUCCACCCAGACAAAACAACCCCACAAUCAAAGAGGUGAUCCGGAAGCAAGUUCAGGAUGCGAGACAGGUCAUUGCCAUCGUGAUGGACACGUUCACUGAUGUAGAUAUAUUCAAAGAAGCUGUCGACGCCUCUAUAAGAGGAGUCCCAGUCUACGUGCUUUUGGAUGAUUUCCAUUUGAAAAGUUUCCUCACAAUGGCCGAAAAUCAAGACAUCAAAAUUCAACAACUCAGAAACAUGAGGGUGCGCACUGUGAAGGGUCAGGAUUAUCUCUGUCGAUCAGGAGCUAAAUUUCAUGGGACAAUGGAGCAGAAGUUUCUUUUAGUCGACUGCCAGACGGCAAUUUAUGGCUCAUACAGCUAUGCAUGGUCAUUUGAGAAGAUCAAUCUGAGCAUGGUGCAGGUCAUCACAGGCCACCUGGUGAAGUCCUACGACGAGGAGUUUCGAACACUCUACGCCCGGUCGACUGUGCCAGCUGAACUCUGCCCCCCAGAGGGUUUGUUCCAACACAACGAGCCACACGGAAAAACGAUUUUGCCAGAAUAUCAUUCCGACCAAAAAAUUGAGCGCAGGGACCAUUUGAGGCACACGCUGGACACAGUCUAUCGGAAGACCUGUGAGAGGAAACUAGGCGUGAGAGACCUUGAGGAGAAGCUCUUUGAAGAGGAACCUAACAGGUUUGUGCCCUUGAUUGAGAAUGGGAUCGGCGUUCAGAACAAGAUGCCCCAAUAUCAGUCUACAGAGAUGAUAAACUUCUUGAAAAGGCACAGCUAUGCUGGGGAAAGGGAAGAUGGAUAUAUGCCGCAGAACAUCAGGCCCAGAGCGAGCAACUGGAAUAUCUCUCGAGAAACAGGAAACGGAACAAACAACUACCCCACGGAUAAUUACUUACAAGUGCCACAGAUACACAGAGGUCAAAACAUACGUCAAUCUUACAAUGGCAAGGAUAAACAGAUUCUGUCCAUGCAGCAAAGCAUGCCAACACUAGAGAAUACGUCCAAGUCGUUCAUGCGCACAUGGAGGAUUGAGUCUUACCUCAAAAACCCUGACGUCCCAUUUGGAGACUCUUGUGACUAUUUAGACCAGUUUGAACCACAGGACAAAGCUAACUCAUUCAUGCACGGAAGGAUGAGGUCUUCCCUUGUUUUCAGGUCCCCCAUACCAGAGCAUAUGGACCCAAACAGACACAUUAACAACUCCUCAACUGGUGUUAACUCCUCAGCAGCACCAAACACUCCUUUUCACUAUUCAUCUAGGCAUUGGAAUCCAACAGCAGGAGCUGAAAAUAGAAUAGGUAAUGAAGAUUUCAUGGUAAAGAGACAAGCUUCGCAGUUUUUGGAUGACAAUUGGAAUAAUUCAAGCUAUGGCCCAGGUAGAAACAUCCACCAUUCUGUAUAUGCUAGCUUAGGCAGAGCUAAAGGUGGAGACAUAAUCACAAACCCAGACAUGCUAACAGACAGUUGGCACAAAAGGCAUAGCGUUGCAGAUCCAAGAUCAAACACUGAGUACAUGCAUGAAUCAUCAGAUCACAUGCAUGGAGCUUUCCCAAGGAUGCAAGGGACUAGAAGCACAACAGGGAUCAAUGCACUCAAUGGAGGAUACAGGUCAAAUCUGAAAGAGGAUCAGAGAUCUGUUUCUCAUUACGAUGUCAAGAGUAGCACAGGCACAAGGAGCCCUGGUAGACCUAAUCCCACUUGGCAGGAGCCCCCAUCCAGGACUGUGUCCACAGCAGGCCUGGAUGUAGAUAGAAAGGAUUUAACAGCUAAAUCCAACAGCAUGGGCUCCCAGCAUUUCCUAAAGCAGAGUUCCAAGAAAAUAAAAUCCUUACUGAACAUACCAGAGAAAAAAGAGGAAUCAAUAGGAACCAUGGAAACACCAAGUCUGAAGUCAGACUGCAGCACAGACACCAUAACAGCUGAGGAUGAGGAGAGGAUAUCAUAUGGAGGAAAACUUCACCAAAGCACAACCAGCGCUGUUAGGUCCUCCUCUGAGAAACAGAGGAAGAAAAUAGAGGACGACCAUCUAAAAUCUUCAAAGCCCCAAACUCCACUCCAAGCCCCUCUCCCUAAACCCAGCACACAGAAGAAACCCAGCAUUUUCGAAAAAAGCACAAGGCCCGGCCUUGACUCAGGGAGCUGGAGCAAAGAUCGAGGCACAGAGAAUCGCCUUUACAGCAGAUUUGAGCCUUUCUGCUCAUUUGAGAAGAAACGCUCUAUGGAGUCUGCACAGGGCUUUGGUAACGCACACUCUCAGGAGAAAACCAAAGGCCUUCCUAAAGGUGAGGCAGCUAUUGAAAACAACCUCACCCGGUCUGCACGAAGCCACCAUGACAAUAAGCUGGAGAAAUUCAUUCAAAGAAUGGGAAAUCUGAUCCACAAGAACAAGUAG